AUGGCUCUACCCAAACGUCUGGCUGCUCAGAGCGAGGACGAUGGAUUGGGUCCAAAUGAGCGAACGACCCUUAUUGGCAGGGCGAGCCCGCAACCAAAGCCGUAUGGUGAUGUCGUGUCCGUUACAUCGGCCACCAGCUCCUUCACUCCACCGAUGAAGAAUCCAGACAUGGUGAUGUGGAUUCUCUACAUAGCCAUCUUCAUUGGGGGUGGAGCGAUCCAGUUCCAGGUCAUUCCCAUGGCUCGCAUCUACGAGGACGCCAUAUGCCGCGCGCAUUAUGAGCGUGCUCAAGUGUCCGGUCCAAUCGACGAGUCGCAAUGCAAAGUGGAUGCCAUUCAAUCGGAAUUGGCCUUCAUCUUCGCUAUUCAAGAAGCGCUCACGGCCUUUGUGAGCUGCUUCGUGGCUAUCCCCUGGGGUAUCGUGGCGGACAAGUAUGGGAGAAAGCCUGUGACGUGUUUGUGCUUUCUAGGUGACGCUCUGGCUGCUGCAAUCGUCAUCAUCGUGGCCUGGCUUAAUCCGCUCGUCCCUAUUCGUGCCGUGUGGGCGUCGAGCCUGGUAAUACUGAUUGGCGGCGGUGAUGCCGUCGUAGCAGCAACAAUUUCUGGCAUUGUCACCGAUAUCAUUCCAGAAGCGCAAAGGUCGGAUCUUAGGGGAGUUGUCUUUAUGAGAGUCUACAUGUGCGGUAUGGUAGGCGGUCUAUCCGCGCCUGCAUUGGCAUCCGCACUGAUGCCAGUAGCUGGACCCUGGGUGCUGAUGCUCGUGGCACUUUUCUCCAUUCUCUUCGUCACAACGCUCUGUCUCUUCAUGCCGGAGACUUUGGUGAAGAAGAAGGAGGACCAAGCAUCGGAAACCUCCGCGGGGUUUGGUGCCUCUCUGAUGAAAUCCUUGGCUGCGCUCAAGGGGUCGUUGUCGGUUUUCAAAAGCGUUCCAGUAACGCUGCUCUUCGCGACUACAUUUUUCUCAACCCCCCUUCUAACAUGUACGCUGCAAUUCCUGACUGUUUUUGCAUCUAAACGCUACCACAUCCGCCUGGACGAAACUGGGUACAUACAGACGGUUUACGGCGUGGCUCAAGCUAUAGCAGGAGUCGCCUUGCUACCACUCAUCUCCGAGUUUAUUACCAAGUCCUGGUUGCCAGCGUGGCUGAGAAUCUCCAACGAACGGCGCAGAGAUCUCGUUUUGCUGCGCUGGUCCUAUGGUGUUUCCAUUAUCGGUACCCUCAUCCUCGGCUUUGCCCCGAAGCUCGGCACUUUCAUCUUAGGUCUCCUGGUCAUGGCUCUCGGGUCUGGUGCCAAUGGCCUGAUUAAAAGCCUGCUGUCUCUGUAUGUAGACCCCGAGCUCUCGUCGCAGCUAUAUACGAUAACCGGCAUUCUCGAGGUUUGUGGCUCUCUUUACGCCCAGCCUUUGCUUGCGGCGCUAUUCACAAUAGGGAUGCGCCUUGGUGGAGGUUACAUAGGACUGCCUUAUUUUGGGGUGACUGCUCUUUCUGUACUCCUCUGUGUUAUAGUUAUGUUCGUUCGUCUACCUAAGAGUGAGACCGGAGAUGCCGAAUCUUUGAAUGAAGAGGUGAUUGGCAAUCGCAACGCACAAAUUAUUUCCAACCUUCGCGUGAGAGAGGGAUUCAUCAAACUGUUAAUGUUCUGGCUGAAUGUAUUUGGCGGCUACAGGACUCGAGCCAACCGAGCCUACAUAGCCCAGAAAGGCGCCAUAAUGCUCUAG